AGCAAGUCGGAUGCUAACAACAACAGCAUGCCAAAUUUAAAUGCACAGAAUUCCAAUCCAAAUGCUAACAAUGGUAUACAUAGUGCUUCACAUUCGUCUUCCGCUGCCCAGAAUCAACAUUUCAUUAGUAGUGGAUCGGGCAGCGGCGUCAAUAGUGGUUCCGGCAAGGGUGGUCACAUGCAUAGACGCUUUCCGGCGCGCUAUUUUAACAGCAACAAGGAGCGACCGCUGUUUUUGCGCAACCAAAGCAACAACAAUAACAAUAGCACCACAAACAACAGUAACACAUCUGCUGGGCAGAAUCUAAAUAAUCAUAAUCAAAAUGAUUAUAACAACAAUAAUUCUCAUAUUGGUGGAGGUGUAAACUGUAAGUUUACUAAUACACAAAAGACUAAUAACGUUGGACAAAAUAGCUCGAACCGUAGUGCUACGCCAAAUUCGUCACACAGUCAUACAUCGUUACAAAAUACAAAAUCAAUGAAUACAAACAUCGGAAGUGGUGGCAUUAGCAGUAGUGCUACUGCUUCGCUUGCAGUUUCUGUUGCGGAGCAUGGUAUGCCAUCGCCGCAUGUAAACUCUGACAAUCCUACGAGUGGAAAUGGAGCGCACAACGGAACUAAUGCCGGGAAAAUGCCAACACAGACGGCACUCUCACCUUACCAAGCGCCUCAUGCGAACGCCAUGGUGACUGCCGCUUAUAGCCCAUAUGGUGAGUUUAACGGUGAUUCGCCAAUGUCCAUUGUCCAGCCAACCACGGCUGCUGGAGGCGGCAUUUUCCUACAUAUGCCGAUGCCAGCGCCUGCACAUUCUUUUGGUAUUUACGCACCGCCCCCACCACCACCACCCACUACCAUGGGUAUGCACCCGACGCCUACAUCAACAUCAACGUCAUGCACGGCUUUAUCUUAUCCGCCACCACCUAAUGGUGGACCAAGUCCACAAUUCAUUGCGUCACCAUCAGAUGCAGUAAAUACCAUUAAUAUGACACUACACAGACCAUCCUCGAACGGUUUCUAUCCAACGGCAGCUGAGCUGUCAGCCGCUGAGGCAGUUGGUGCGAUACACGGCAGCGACGGAUUACAAUUUCAAUGUAUACCGUACGCUGGUGGAGCACCACCUCCACCGAUGCCAUUUUAUUACGCACCUGGCACAGCUGUAUCGGCUGGCGGUCUACAUAUAAAUGGUAUUGCAACGGUACCGCAACCGUCGUCACAGGCUGCAGCAGGUACUGCUGGUGGCGGCGGCGGUGGUGCCUGUGCGAAUACAGGCAUGCCAAAUGGACCGGUGGGACCACAGGGGUAUUGGUGCCAACCGCCGCCAAAUGCUUUGCUACCUUUGCCCAAAUCCGCGCCUCAAAUUAAUGGUGCUGGCGGCAGCGGCAAUAAUACACCUAAUGUGAAUGUAAACACCACAAGUAACCGAUCACGUGACAACAAAUAAGAACAUAAUUUUUAUUUAAAAGACAUCAGGUAAUCUUUUAAAUACUACUUAAAGUAUUGUACGUAUUAACUCGACAAAUUUCUUUACUUCACUAUAAAAAAAGAUGAAGGGUGCGAAGCAAGUGCGGUAUAACUUAUGUAUAGCAAAAAUAAGCUAUAAUCGGUGAACUCACAAUGUUUUUUUGUGGCUUCGAUCGAAAAUGAGAUCUUUUUUAUUCAAAUUUUAAUUACAAUUCGUAGGAAUUUCCCUUUAGCGCGAAUUUUGCUUUGCUCACAAAUCAAGAUCGAUUAAAUAUGUAUGCAUCAUGCGUUAGUAUUAUUUAUAGGCUAUGAAUAUUUUCGUAUUUUGCCAUUUUUUUAUAAAAAAAAAGUACUAGCCAGUAUAAUAAUGUCAUUGUUAAGGCGUCGCUAACGCAUUUUUAUUCGAUGUCCAUUCGUAACAGUUUUGUUUUUGAAGCUUAAUAUUUAAAAAUAUUUGUAAUAAUAAAUAUUUUAUGUAUGUAUACAUAUACUAAAUUGCACACAUACACAACAAAACUUAUUUAUUACUCAAAUCAACCACUUCUCAAAACUUUACCUAAAUUACGCAAACCAUUUCAUAUUUAAAUAUUGCUAUUAAUUUUUAACAAAGUUAUUUAGACUAAUAUCGUUUAUCGUAAACUCGUUUUUUACCUCACACAAAUAUGCCUUUAAAAAGUAUGUAGUUUUUAAGCUCCAUUUGCUUAGCAUAUUCAAUAAUUAUAUGUCCAGCAAUUCAUUAUUUUUUAUUAUACUUAACAACCAAUGCAAUCGCAUAAUUGUUAACGGUACAAUUUUUGCCACCCAUUUACAUUUGUCUUA